AUGGUCAGAGUUUGCAACUACAACGACAAGGAACUGCUCGCUGAAAAAGUGGGCGAGUAUAUCAUUGAGUGCCAGGAUAAGGCUUUGAAGGACCAGGACUCCCAGUUCAACAUAGCCAUCAGUGGUGGGUCUCUUGUUAAUGUAUUGCACAAGUGUUUGGUGGCAAACAAGAAACUCGCUAGCCGUGUCAAAUGGUCCCAGUGGCAACUGUACUUUUGCGACGAAAGAUUGGUCCCCUUGGAUGACGAAGAUAGCAACUACGGCGCGUUCAAAAAAGCAGUUCUGGACCCGCUCAUGCACAAUGGGGAUCACUUGAAUUUGGGGCCCACCGUCUUUGCAAUCAACGAGUCGUUGGUCCACCAGAAAGAUUCUCAAAACGAGAAGAUCGCACAGGAGUACGAGUCACUCUUGCCAGCCGAUGGAUUCGACCUGUUGUUACUCGGUUGUGGACCAGACGGUCACACCUGCUCUUUGUUUCCAGGCGAGAAACACAAGUAUCUACUGCAGGAAGCACACAAGAAAGUCGCAUGGUGUCAUGACUCGCCCAAACCGCCAUCUGACAGAAUCACUUUUACAUUGCCCGUGAUUGCGGACAGUCGGAACAUCGCCUUUGUCGCAGAAGGCAGUUCUAAGCAAGACAUCAUGCAUCAAAUUUUUGAUUUGCAAGAUGAAAGCUUGCCCACUGCACUGAUCAACCGCAAUUACGGAUCUCGUGUCACCUGGUUUACCGAUGAAGAUGCAUUCUCCAAAGUACAGUCAAACCACUAA